ACGUUUCUUUGGCAUUCUUAAAAUUUUAGUCGCAUUGGUUUGGAAAUAAACAUUAUUUUUUUACAAUUUGUUCGAAAGUUUUGUAAUUUUAUCGGUGAAUUAGUUAUCCUGAGAGCAUAAAUUCAACACAAUGGCUUUGGCAAUGCAGAAAAGAAAUAACGUUCGAUUGCCUCCGGAGGUGAAUCGGGUGUUGUAUGUGCGAAACUUGCCCUACAAGAUCACAUCCGACGAAAUGUACGACAUUUUCGGCAAAUAUGGAGCCAUCCGUCAAAUCAGAGUGGGAAAUACGCCGGAAACCCGUGGAACAGCGUUCGUCGUCUACGAAGACAUAUUCGAUGCCAAGAACGCCUGCGAUCACUUGUCUGGAUUCAACGUUUGUAAUCGAUAUCUGGUGGUGCUGUACUACCAGUCUACGAAGGCCUUCAAACGGUUGGACGUGGACAAGAAGCAGGAGGAGCUGGACCAGAUGAAGGCCAAGUACAACAUCAAUUCGGACGAUUUGCGGAAAUAGUUUAGCAUAAAUGGAUUGUAUUUAAUCUUAAUGAAAGUAAAUUAAGUUCUAUACUAAGUACACACUUAA